AUGACUUCUGUCUGGAGCCGACUAGCCGCUUUCACCACCGCGAUCCUAUGGUUUGCUGUCUGUCGAGCCUUGUGCGUUCCGGGCAGCCGAUCGGAGACAGGGCGUAGCCGCUCCCUUGCAGACAUUGGCUGCUACAGCAUAUGGACAGUUCCUGUCCGCGGCACGAAGCCGCUGUACGGCUUGCAGGAUCGCAUCUUGGACGUGUCGAGGAGAGACUGCCUAGCCAACGGCUCCAACUACUGCUUCGGCAACGAUCCAGGGGAAAUGUGUCUCCUCUACCGGUAUCUCUUCGGAUACCUCGGCCACCUCGAUCGCCUCGAUCACCUCGGUCGCCUCAGUCAGCACAGUAUCGGCAGUUCCUUCUGUAUCCUCGACUGUUUCCAUCUCCUCAGCACCCGCAGUCCCGUCGGCCUCCUCGGUGGCCCCCGUGUUGACAGGCCAAAAAGGGAACCCGUGACCGUGACAUCCACUAUCAUCCAGACCGUCACCCGAAUUGCAACGCAGAGGGCCACCGUUGUGGUAGCUGUGAUUGAACGGUCCACCGUUGUCUCGACGGUCGAAGUCACUGUCUCGAGUGCAGCAACACAGACAAACAUCGUCUGGGUGACAGCAACAGCGACCGCAGUUGUGAAGAGGGCCGUUACCACACCUCAAAACUCGAAUCUAGUUUCUCUAGCCACAAGUGCCUUCGCGGUAAAACCUGCCAGGAGCGCGUUGUCGAAUGGUACAAGCACCGGGAACCCCGACGGUUACGGAACGACCGUGGACAUAACAUCUACUUUCACAGUCACCUCCCACGCACCAUCCGUUGUGACCCUCACCACAACAGCCAGUCUCAUCCCCCCAGCGCCGGCAUCGUCGACCACACCAACGCCCACCUCAUCAGCUUCGACCACCCCUCAACCACACCCAUCUCAAACCCUCUCGACCGGAGCCAUAGCAGGCAUCACAGCAGGCGCCAGCGUCCUCGGUCUUCUUCUCGCCGCCUUCGUGAUCCUCUCCAUCCGGCGCCGCCUCCGCGGUCGUCACCACCACUCUCCCGAACCGCCUCCGUCCCCGGACGCUUACCAAGUUCCCCACUAUGACGAAGACCGGAUGUUCGACAUGCGACAGCCCACAAUACCACAAAUACUCCCCCAUUUCGCAACUACCACCCCAGCGCACCACGCAGCACAGUUCGAGCUGCCGGCGUCAGUAAUAUCCCGGCAGCAAUAUAACGGAAACGAGAACGGCUACCUGAGCGUAAACCAGACCGGUGCUCAGACCCGGCCCAACCAGCACCAGAGGAACGGCUCCGGCUAUACGACCCUCGUCGGCACGCCGUCUCCUACCUCACCGGGGUUCGGGUUCAUGGUCGGGGGGAAGAAGGAGGACCACCAGCACCACCACCACCAGCACGAAACAGACAUUGCAGAGGUGCAGGGGACGACGCCUAAGAACCUGGCAACCCACCGGCCGGAGAGAGCCGAGGUGGAUGGCAAUGGUAUGGGUCCCGUUGGCGCCCGACCUGUGUCUUCCUCCCCGCCGCCUGUGCCGGCUCGGGCACCGGGCCGUCGGGGCCCGAUAGGGGAGCUGGAAGGGGGUAGAACGGCGGCUCGGGAGUUUGCUCGAUGGACUUGA